UCCCGGAAGCGGUGAGCGACGGGUAGUGCCGAGGGCCAGAAAGGCCGGCGGGCAGCGGGGUGUGCCGUGUUGUGGGACCGCGAUGGAGGACGAUGCGCCCGUGAUUUACGGGCUGGAGUUCCAGGCACGAGCUUUAACACCUCAGACAGCCGAAACAGAUGCAAUAAGAUUUUUGGUUGGAACACAGUCUCUUAGAUAUGAUAAUCAGAUUCACAUCAUAGAUUUUGAUGAUGAAAAUAACAUUAUAAACAAAAACGUUCUCCUUCAUCAAGUGGGUGAAAUUUGGCACAUUAGUACCAGUCCUGCAGAUAAAGGUGUACUAGCAACCUGCUAUAAUAAAACUUCAGACAGUAAAGUCAUGACAUGUGCUGCUGUUUGGAGGAUGCCGAAGGAAUUGGAAUCAGGCAGUCAUGAAUCCCCUGAUGAUUCAUCAAGCAACACUCAAACCCUGGAGCUACUCUGUCACCUUGACAACACAGCCCAUGGCAAUAUGGCCUGUGUUAUGUGGGAACCAAUGGGAGACGGUAAAAAGAUUAUUUCUCUGGCUGAUAAUAACAUAUUAUUGUGGGAUUUGCAAGAAAGUUCAGCCAAAGCUGUGCUCUCUAGUUCUACAGCCUUGGAAGGGAAAGGACAAUUAAAAUUUACUUCUGGAAGAUGGAGUCCACACCAUAAUUGUACACAGAUUGCAACAGCCAAUGAUACCACUGUUCGAGGAUGGGAUACACGAAGCAUGAGACAGAUAUAUUGCAUAGAAAAUGCACACGGACAGCUGGUACGAGACCUAGACUUUAAUCCCAAUAAACAGUACUACCUGGCUAGCUGUGGAGAUGACUGCAAGGUGAAAUUCUGGGACACAAGAAAUGUCACUGAACCAGUGAAGACACUAGAGGAGCAUUCCCACUGGGUCUGGAAUGUCAGAUACAAUCAUUCUCAUGAUCAGCUGAUCCUUACAGGAAGCAGUGACAGCAGAGUUAUUCUGUCUAAUAUGGUAUCAAUUUCUUCUGAACCAUUUGGGCAUAUGGUAGAUGAUGACGAACUAAGUGACCAAGAGGACCAGCAUCAAGAAGAGAAGAUUUUUGUAUACCGGCCUUUCUGGAUUAAAGAGCCCCUUCAGGACAGUGUAAUAGCUACCUAUGAAGAACAUGAAGAUAGCGUAUAUGCAGUUGAAUGGUCCUCAGCAGACCCGUGGCUAUUUGCCUCUUUAAGUUAUGAUGGGAGACUUGUUAUUAACAGGGUUCCCAGAGCUCUUAAAUAUCACAUACUGUUAUAAUUUGUUUGGAUUAUGGUGGAGUUGUUAUCUUGAUGUACACAAUUGAAUCCCAGUAUUAUUUCUGGAAACUAUCUUGUUGCAAAACACUUCUUGGCAGUAAGACUGUGGAGGCAAGCAGAUUUCUGUACAGCAAGGAGUCCAUCACCGCUUCAGAAAUUCAAAUCAUGGUCUAACUGAUCUCACAGCACUGGGUUGUUUCAAUGUCUUAUAGAGAAUGCUGUUUAUACAGUCACAUAUCAGCAUUGGUAAGCAUAUAAUUGUUGUUUUCGAACAAACACCUCUUAAUGAUUUUUUUUCGUUCUUUGCAUACUGUGUCCAGGUAAGAAGCUUUAAUAGGUCUUGGUUUUUAAGAAGUGAGUUAUGGUAUUCCUUAAAAAUGUCACGUUUUCAAUGUUGCCAUCUAAAAACUUGUUUUAUUCCAGAUUUGGUGCUGAAAAUCUUUUCUUUGUCACCAAUUUAAUAUAUGUGUCUGGUAUGAAAUUACAAAAAUGCUUGAGACGUGGUAUUUUAUUCCACAGAAAGUGAAUUAUUGAAGGAGAAAGGAAUUUAUAAUAUUUUUUAAAAGGUUUUGAGCAUGAUCUAAGUGAAACUGACCAAAGUCAAUACAAAUCUUGGCCAUUUAAUGAGAAGCUUGAAAUAACAAUCUGUUUCACUUGAGCUAAAGAUGGUGCUAAGUUCAAAUUAAAAAAAAAAAAAGAAAAAAAACCCCACAAAACUGAAAACCACCACCAGACACCAAAAAGUAAAACCUCUCAGUAAUGAGCUGGACUUUGCCUGUGAUGUCAGCACUAAAAUUAGCCUGACCUGUACUGAAGCCCAUGACAUUAAAAAACUGCUUGUCAACAUUAGAAUUAAUGAAGAACUUGUCAAGUCUACCCAUGCCAUGCAAUACAUUUGCUCUAGACCAAUUCUCCUUACUUCAUACCUUUUUAUUUCACAAAGGUGAGUGGAACUAAGAAGCAGUAUGAGUGGAAAUAAGAAGCCAUAUUACCUGGAUUAUGAUCAACACUAGUAUUAGUUGAAAACAGUGCUUUGUAAAGAAAGAAUUAAGCAGCCUGACCAAUGUAUUUUCCAACUGACAGCAGAAAGCAUUAAUUCUGUAUUUGCCUCUUCAUUUGGAAUUCCCAAAUCUUAUAGUAUUUGAGACUGAAAUUCUGCAUCUUGUUUAAGAUAGCCUUGAACAGUAUUGUCUGACUAUAGUCUGACAUGGUAAGACACCAUGAGGUAGGUAUGCCUUUGACAUAACUGAAGCAGUGAGAAGUAGGUAAUGAUAAUUGCUAAGAUCAGUCAGUAUUUGGAUACAAGCUCAUAGUGCUAUAGAGCUGCCAUUUGGCUUCACAGAGGACAUCAAGGGUUUUUUUGCUUUUUCUAGGGGAUAUGAAGAAAGUGCUUAGAACGUUGUUGUGGUGCCUGUGGUAUGAAUGCCAUUCUGAGGCUGUGAAGCCAUGGAUACUCUCCAGAACAAUUUGCACAUUGCUUCUGCUCAUUCCACCUGCCACUCUGGUCAGUGAGGAGCUAGCGAAGUGAGAAGAAAAUGAUACCCAGAGAUUUGGAGAAAAAGACAAAGAAGAAGAAAAAGUAAAAGGAAGACUGGCAAAUACAGAGUGAAAAAUGAAUUGAAAAAGGCAAGAUCAGGGAAAGAUCAGUUUGGAAAACAGAAAUAGGAAAGAUGGAAGAAAUUGGCAGUAAAUGAAGUAAAGAAAAAGAUACAGGGGUAAGGACUUAAAAAAAAAAAAAGACUGUUUAUUCACUUGUUUUGGCUAUGAUAUUAAAGGUCCUUAAAAUUCUUCCAUGUUAAUCUCCCCAUGUUAACUGAUUUAAGUGCUGGAGAAUUCCUAUUUUAUAUUGCAGCAUUUUAAUUCUGAUAUUGGAGAUGGUUCAUGCAGAAUAGUUGCUGUCACAUUCUUGUUGAUGCAUAAGUUAUUAGUCCAAACUUGCAGGUUUUAAGGGGUUAGGAUUUUUAGCUGGUCAUUAUUCUUUUCAGUGAUCAGGUUGCAACUGCACGUGUGAGCAGUUGUAGUCCAUUUCAGUGCAAAGUGAGCAUAUUGGAUAAUCAACCUGAGCAGUGUUCUGAGAGGCAGGAAGAAAAUUUCAAGUGGGCUGUUUCUUGAGUCACACUAACUAGGUCUGCAAAAGCAUGUCUUUGAUAGACACUGCUUAUCUCCCUGUUUAUGACUUUAGGGGAGUGUCCUAGUGAGAACAAGUCAAGAUAUUAGAUGUGAUUAAUAAAGUAUCUGAGGUGCAUCCUCCCUUCCACACUGACUUACCUUACAGCAAAAGUAUUUUGAGCCGUUCUUGAGAAAAUCCCUCCUGUUUUGAUGCUACAGCUUUUGAUGCUACAGCGGCCCCAACUUCAUAAAGUAGUUUUAGUGCUCCAGCACAGAAGAUGGCUUUGGGGAGAAAGAGAUGAAUGAGUCUUACUAAUUCCAGGAGCCAAAUUCCCAGUGUGGAGACGCAUGGCAAAUAUGUGGGUUGCUGUUGCCCUGGAGCUAUAGCAACAGCUGCCAAGCAGCUGGGCUGAGCAGGGAAGACCUCUAAUGUACCUUCUCAGCAAAUUGUCCAUUUAUUCUGAUGCUGGCCCAAGUUCAGGAUUUUGGCAGAAGAAACUAUGGAAAAGCUUUUAAACAGAAUGAAUUUAGAAGAGUAUGGGAAACCUUGGAAAACCCAAAGAUACCACGUACUAAUCGGUAAGUCUAGAUGAGCUGAAUCCUGGGGCGGUAAAAGACUUGGCAGACAAAUUCUCUGAACCACUGCCAGUUUCUAAAAAUUUGCAGAGGACUGAGAAGUCAAGACAGACUGGAAAAUAGUAGAAAUGGUAUUGAUAUUUGGAGCUACGUGGAACAGCAGUGCAUGGAGUUGGAUAAGGAAAUGUGAGGAAACUUUAGCCAAGUUAUGAAUGUUUUAUUUGGGUUUUUUUAAUUAGAUUUUUUUUUUAUAAACACCAGUCAAAAUACUAACAAAUAUCAGAAAUGAUGUGACUGCAUCCAUGCAACAAAGUGUGGAUUGUCCAUUGUGUUACACAGAAUAGCCAGAAUUAGGAUCCGAACAUUUGUAUGAUUUCCCUUACACCUCUCUGUUUUCCAAAGAGGGUGCAUAGAAUGUAGUAUAUAAAGGUAAAUUUAACUUGUCUUCAAAUACACAUGAAGAAAAAAACCCUCACAUAUUCUCUUAGUUUUUCAUCAUGGGGAAAGAGUUUCUGCUAAAGAAAGUAAUGAACCAUCUUUUUGACUCUAUGCCUGGAAAGUAGGGGAUGGGGAAAAUACCUGGAACUUGAUUUUGCAGAGAUUGUGAACAAGAAUGAUCUGUUUUCCAGCAUGUAGUUUGUGGGGUAAAACACUCAUUUGAGUACUUCCAGCCAUUUCUCAGUAUACACAUAUCAAUAUUUUGAGCAGAAGUUACCUAUCUAAAACUGCUUCUAAAAAAAGGAUUAUGCUACUCAGGAUAAUGAUAUACCAGCACAAACAGGAAAGCAUCUUCUUAAAAUUAAGAAUGUUUCCUUAUCGUCGGGAGAGUGGCUGUGUAACACAUUUAUUUGCAACUACAAAAGGGUUAGCCUUGGGUGCAUACAUGUCUGCUGAUAGCAGCUCGUUGGUAGAUGGAGCCAUAGAUACUUUGAUGCUGUUGCGCUUUUUUUCUAUAAGUCAACCUGGGUAAAAUGGGAGAAACCUUGUAAAUAUAUUAUUAUUACUGGAAAGCCUAUUAGAAAAAGCACAAAUGAAAGCUUCAUCACAAUGGGAGCUGUUUAAUCCUUUGCAAAGCAAGUACCAGAGAGCUUCAACAACUGUUCUGACCAUCCUGUCAGUUGUGAGUGACGGUUACUUGGAUGUGGUUUCCUAGAUAGAUGCAUAUUUCUGAUCUGUGUUCUAAUCAUCUGUUUUCAGUGUUAAUACUAUUUGAAUAUCUUCAAUCUUUUGUUUGAAUGAUUUGGAUAAAUGCUGUACAAUUUUCUGUUGCAGUUCACAGGCAAUUCUUGCAAGACAGAAGGAAAAGCUGCUUUUGUUUUUAAGUCUUCAUGCUGCUGUAUUGGGAGGUAUUCUGGUUUCUGUUCCUGUGUCCUAUACCUCAAGGCUCAAAUCACAAUUUAAAUUCUACAGGUUUUGGACUGGUCAUUGCUGAGGGCUGAGAAGAGCUACGGAUGAAGGCUGAGCAUGACCGACGUGUUCAUAUUCAUCAGAAAACGGAGUCAGCUGGAGAGAAUGAGGGAGUAAUUGUCACAGUGCUCCCUCCCUCACUGCUUGCACAGAAAGACAUAGGCUGCAGGGAGGAAGCUACCUGAGGUUAUUAAGAUUAAUACUGCUAGAAAUUCCAAUCAACUCACACAAGGCUGCUCCUCAAGGCUGUCAGAUGCCUACUGCCUUCUCUGAUUCAGGCGGGGCCACAUAAAUUUCAAAUUUCCCAACAGAGAUUGCUAUGAUUUAUGAGUUUAGGAGGCUGAUAAAUGUGGUUAGUUGAAGUGUUCAUGAAAUAAUUGAAUCAGAAUAAUUUCAGUCAGCUGUGCUCAAUUUAGUUUCUCCGAUAACCACAGGAGGGUGCAAUUUUGGAUUGGGAGCUUCAUCUCAAGGAUUCCUGUCACAGGAAAGACAUUGUGGAACCUGGAAUAAGAGCAACUUAAUUUUGCUGCCAGGCCUGUAUGACAGCCUUAUGAGCUGACUUAAGACCCAUCAGAAUUGGAGAGUAAGUACCUUGAGCUCUUCUGGUAUUGCCCAUGACAGAGGCUGAGUCAGUUCUGGUUUAUGCAUUGUGGGAUAAUGUCUGCUGGGAAGGAUAAUGAGAGUUUUACUACUUAGUGUUUGAAAACCACUUUGCUGUUCAGUUGGGAGGGCGUUGUUCUGUACACUUGUUAGUAGCAAAUUAUUUUCAGAUGACAAGUUUUAUGAACAUUUCACUUCUGGGUUUUGUGAAUUUUUCUGGAGUGGUGAUCAGAAUCAGUUCUGUCCUUGCAGUGAAGGGAACACCCAUGCACCACUGAAGAGUGUUAUAUGAAACUUUUAAAAACAAAUUUGUCCCUACGAGUUUAUCAUUUGUCUGCUGUAACUGUCCCACAUAGCCGAAAAACAAUGAUGUUUUGGGUGGAUUGUCCUAGAAAGAGUACUGGAUGUAAAGGGUGCUGUAAAACAGGAAGGUGAGCAGGUUACAGUGUUGUGAUGACUGGCUGUGAUCAGUAGAGAAUGGGAAUGCCAAGCAAGCAGAGCUAGGGAGCAUGUGUGUUGCAGACAAAUAUCUUCCUGUUGUCAUGAACAAGACAUUUAUAAUAACCUGAGAGCUGAAAGCAGGGGAGGGUAUGUGGGAAAAGGCAGUGGUUUGUGUCUGUGUCUGUGUUAGUCAGUUCAGGUAUCUUUUGAAAUGUGCAAAGAGACUGCAAGCAGGAUACAGGCAAAAAUUUAACAGGCUACUGGGUCUAGCACUAGUGUAUUCCCCAUGUCUGGUGAGACACCUGAAGUGAAUUUUGCUGGCCAGGAAGGUGUCGGUAGACUGGGGAAGGGUUGUCCUCUGUGCAGCUUAGAACCGAGUUGUAGAGUUGCCAUAUUCUAGCUCCAUUUAUCCCAUUAGGAUUUUAUACCUUUGCAUUUUGGUAUCUUUUCCCUAUUGAAUCCUUGAGCUGCUAAUGUUUCCCACCGCAACAGUAUUAUCUCUGUUUGCAAUUUUAUGUUUAUCGUGUGUGGCUUUUCCCCAUAGACUUUCAGACAGCCUUUUCUCACAACUCAUCAGCUUUCUCAGAAGUCCUAACCAUAGCUGGGCAGUAUGCCAUAGAUGACAAAGGGUUGCUGAGAGAGCAGCUUUCCCAAGAGUCCUCAUCUGUGUAAGAUAAAAAUGGGCAGGUUUAUUCUAUGGUGAGCCAGGAAUGUAGGCUGCUGCUAGAGAUACAUGUUAACCCAGCUGGUUUGUAUCAGGAUGGAUAUACCAACUAUCAUAUGACAUAACUUGGCCUGCAUAUGAACUGUUUUCUGGUCACCCAUGGCUGAAAAGCUAUGGGGUAGGUCCUUUCACCAUGUGGUGAAGAACAGCCCUACACUUGCACAGGGAGAAAUAUGUUUCUCUCUGAGCUGUUAUUCUCAAAGUUCCCUUGCCUUGGAGCUCAAACAUUUUAGGAUUUUUCAUAAACUUAAAGUUUAUUUUCAUUUUUUUAUUCUGUCCAUGAGCUUCAGUUUGGGGGAGGGGGUGUCAGAAUAUGGGGGAACCAGUAAGACUUGAGGGUGAGGUAUUCUGACUGCAUAAAAAGAUUUAUGACCCUAAUGUAAAGUGGUACAUGCUUUAGAGCCCAUUAUGGCAAUCUGUGUGGUGGGCUAGAUCAGACUUAGGUGUUUCAAACACAUCAAGUAUUGAAGAAGAAGCUGGUGCACUCAGUUUGUAUUCAAAAAUAAGUGAUAUUCUGAAUAAUGAAGUUUUGCUAAAAUUCAGCUACCCAAGUUUGGUGACUUUUCUCUGAGUACAUGUUAAUUCCUGGAAUUAAUUCAUGAUGGUUCUUUUGUCUCUAAUGGUGGUUCCUUUUGUCUCCACAUAAUUUGGUACCAUCCCUACCUGCUGUAACUUAUUUCUGUAGAUCGUAUAAACAUCUGUUUUCUACAGUUCAAAGAAUGUCCUGUGGGGUGCAGGAUCUCUUAGUGACAUGUGCUCAGUAUUGUGCACUGUCCUAUCCAGGAAUACAGUAGAAGUAAGUUAAGAGAAAAACGUUUGCUAAGGUUUUACCUACUUCCUAACUGCUGAGCAGUGAAAAAGGGAAGAUGCUUCAAUGAAUAACUCUUACUGAAUCUCCUUGCUGAGGUGUCCUUGCCAUGCUGUGGCAGAGAAGGGUGGGGAGGACAUUGUGAAAAAUCUGCUGCUUCAUCGAGAUGUGGAUAUAAACCACAGAACGUUUUCCAAAUCAAAUUUGGACUUGGGGCUUAGCAUAAAAUCAGGGCACAAAAUAACUACACUGUGCAGAAAAUGUUAAUAGAAGAAGCCAGGAUUACAGUAAUGCAUUCUGUGUGGUCUUUGGUGAGUAGAGAACAGCAGAAGGGCAUGUGGCAGGACUGUCUCACUUGUGUUUUUGCUUCUACUGCUGUGAAAAGCAUUUUCAAUACUUGCAUAAUUUAGAGCAUGACAUUACGAUUUUCAAAGCUUCAAAUUGGAGUAAAGCAUUUACAUAAUCUAAUUAAAUCAUGUAAAUGUUUUAUGAUAAUAUUCAAGUAAGUGCAAAACUUGUUCCGCAGAUGCAUCCCAUUCUUAGGCCAUUGGGGAAACCCAAUUUACGCAUGCAGAUGUAUGUUUCUAACCCUGCAUGCUCUGGGAGGUCAACAGGGUACUUACUGAACGCUCUGUUCUUAGUAUAACCUCUGAAGCCUGCUUCGCAGAGCAUCAUCUUUCCAAGAAGCUUGAAGGUAAGCUGGUACCAGAGGGAAAGGCAAAGCAGAUUUAAAAGGCUACUUGCAACCUCUUAUAAUUUGAACGAAAGCGAUGCUACUGCAGUAUGUAAUAAAUUGCUUCCAUUUCAGUGAACAUUAAAAUAAUCCCAUGGUGACCCUCUUAGCAGCAGUCCUGCCACAUGUAGUAUCAGAUCUCACAAAGCAUGCAUCGUACUUGGAUGGGAAGCUACCAGGGGAAGCCCCACAAAUCCUCCUGAUGACUGUUGGGUUUGUUUUUGCCUCUGGCUGCACUAGCUCACAAAAUAUUGGAAGCACUUGGCCAGCAUCCGUGAUGAGAGAUGCUGUCUUGUAGUGAGAUCAUUUAAAUAAUUUUUUUUAUCAGCACAUUCUCACUAAGCCAUCCCCAACAGUAGUUCUUAGUGAAUCCUAUCUUUGCUAGGCCAUACUACUGCAAUAAGCAAGUGAAUUGAAUCCUAAUUUUCUAAAUGUAGCCAAGCUAAUGCUAAGCUAGUACUAAUGAGAUUCUUUUAGGAAGUACAGCACUGCUUUGCUAAAGUGAAUUUGUGUAACUGGCAGACGUAGGUUCUUCCAAGACCAGGUCCCUGUCUGCUUUAAAUAGGCUCCUUGCAUUGACUUCUAUUAGUGCCAUACUGAUUUACUCUAACUGAUGACAGAAAUGUGUGUGUAUACACUUCCAGGUGUUCUGUGCUUUCACAGUAAUUAUAAUGGUUAGGAAGCACUUGGACAUUACCUGUGCCAGGCUGUUGAUGAAGCCCUUGUGCUGUUAGAAACAUAGGACUGACUGCACACAUGGUGUUGACCUGGUUUGUGCAUACACUGUGACUGUGGUGAGCCCAGCAGCUCUGAUUUUUAUCUGAAAAUAUGGAUGUUUUAAGGGACGCCUGGAUCUAACAUACAUCUAAAUCUGGGGAUUCUAUUAUUUACUUUCACAGUACAUAAUAAUAUCCAAAGUUUGUAAAUUAGUUUGGAGCUCAGUGAUAUAGAAAGCUCUGAAUAUGUGAAAGUCAUUGCUAAAGUAGCUCACAGAAAGGUGAAAUAUAUCAGUAGUGAAUUAAGUCUUCGCUAAUUAGACAUAGAAAUCUAAUUACUUUGCAAAUUUUUCAUCUAAUUUUUAAGGGAGUAAAGCUAGUGUAAAUUUAAAAUGGAAGCCGAGAUGUUCAGCACGUAGUGUUAACUGCCAAGGAGAACAACACAGUGACCUUAUUUGCAGCUGCACAUGCAUCAUGUGUAGGAAUGCCUGUCAUAGCCAUAAUGAUUUAACGUCAGGGCAGGCCUAUAUUUCUUGGUUCUUCCUCCGCAGUGUAGGCAGUUUCCUUUAUAGGUGGAAUGGGAAGCUGUAGGUGUUUCUGGUGAAAAAUUGUAAUGCUAGAGAGGUGCCCUUUACUACAAAUCCAGCACUGUUUGCUUUAGUUCACCUCCUGAAAAAGAAUUUGCAAAGUCAUAGCCUGGGGAAUGAAGUCACAGGUGGGUGAAAUUUAAGUUUUGGCAUGGUUGGAUUCCGCUUUUUUGGAUUACUUAGCUGUUGAUUAUACAAUGUUUAAGCAUAGUAGGUGACAUUGGGGAAGUUUAAAGCUGUUGAAUGUUUUUUAAGGUGCAAAGACUAUUUCAUUGCAGAAAAGAAUGCUUUUAGUUUAGAACCUGCAAUAGUUUGGCCAUAGUAGAUACUUUACAUUUAGACAUGAAAGUUCAUAGAGCUAAGUUUAACUCCAAACACUAAGACAUUUACUUUAGUUCAGCUAUUCAUUAUUAAAACAUUUUGUAAGAGUACAGGUAUUAACUGCCACUAAAUAUCCUGUGUGAACUGCUGUUAAUAGCUCCAUGAUAAAAUCCCUUUCAAUUACCUUUCAAUACUAUAUUGACUUUGAGCCUGAUAUAUCACCUAUUUAAACUCUACUAAAGGAUCUCAGGUGGCAAUCUUUAAAAAUGUGUGGGCACUUAUGUGUCAGGCUUUGUAAGCACACGAUCCACAAGCAUCUGUGGUCAUGGGAUCACUUCUGAAGUCCACAACUGCUCUGUUAAACUAUUCAUGGUUUGUAUUCCUGUCACUGCUCACCUCAGGCAUCCACACUUCAACAGGAGGCAGAGCAUUUAAGUCAGCUUUUUUAAUUGCUAAAAAUCAUAAUUUAGGUUGCAGAUUGGUGGUGUUAGUAAAUUUUUGUUUCCAAAUUAUUGUAAUUUUUGAGAAGAAUUUGAUCUGAAAAAUUUGGGAGAAGGUAGACUAAAUGGAAGAACAGCUAAGACAAACUUUAAUCCUUUCUACACACAUACAGAAAACUUUUUCAACCUUAGCAAUAUCCCCAGAUGUAUAUUAACUAUCUCUGCAACUAUGAGAUGCAGCUCAUAAAACAGAAUUAUUUUAAGAGAAAUAAA